GGGCAUUCCGACGUAACUGGUGUACUCAAACAGGAAGUGUGGCAGUUUACCUCCAGAACUGCAAGCGGCAUCAUGGCGGCCUACGAGCAGGUUCAAAAGGGGCCCCUGAAAUUAAAAGGCGUUGCAGAGCUCGGCAUUACCAAGCGGAAGAAGAAAAAGAAGGACAAAGACAAGGCGAAACUCCUGGAAGCGAUGGGAACGAGCAAAAAGAACGAGGAGGAGAAGCGGCGCGGCCUGGACAAGCGAACCCCGGCCCAGGCGGCCUUCGAAAAGAUGCAGGAGAAGCGGCAAAUGGAAAGGAUCCUGAAGAAAGCAUCCAAAACCCACAAGCAGAGAGUAGAGGACUUCAACAGACACCUGGACACCCUCACGGAGCACUACGACAUUCCCAAAGUCAGCUGGACGAAGUAGCCUCCCCAUCCAGGGUACGGAGUGGCAUCAAGGAGAAGUGGAAGGCAAAGUUGGGGCUCUGUUUGGUGCCUUUGGUAUUUUCUAGAAACAUUCUUUUACACAUACCUUUGCAUCUUCUGCUGAGACAAGUGCUUUCCAAAGCAGUGUGCCCUCUUUCUGGAACUGGAUUAAAGUGAGACUGUCCUUUUACUCUAUUUUGGUUUGUCAGUAGCGUAGAAGAUAAACCUUUUAAGUCUGGACUGGACAUUUUUGCAAGUUUAUCCAGAGAUUAAGGAUUUCUGUGUGUCACAGAAAAGUGUCUUUACCCCCAAGUUGCAUCUAACUCUGACAGUCCUCCAGCUCUCUUGCCCCGGAUAAAACAAGAUGAGCUAAUGCCGGCACGGCCUGCAACUUGCAGACCCCACGGGGCCCUGCGUGAGCUGUCCUUCCAGGUUCCCUCUAGCUUGGGGCGUAGGCUCUUCCUUCCAGAGCCUAAGGAAGCCACUUUACCGUCAUGGACUUCAGAAGGCCUCCCUAGCCACCUGGUGUGAGACAGUGCAGCCUGGAAAGCGGAUGGAAUGCUCUCCUGGUCCCUGUCUGAGCCUGUGGCCAGCAUGCAGCCUCUUCCCCUAGUGUCUCCAUUCCAGACAUGUCUAGAGGGUGUUGCCAUGGCAGACGUCACUAAUCAAGCACGGCAUCCCUUUCUAAUGGAACCCCAACACAGCCGGCCUCACUACCCUCAACCCUAGGCUCUAAGCAUCCCCUGGCUUUAUUCAGAGUUGGCACAUACCAUGUAGCCUGCUUGGUCUUUCUGGCCUAAGGACACCUCAGGGGUGACGGGACCUGGGCAGAGCCCAGCACAGACAGUGCAGUCAAAGGGGAGGACCCAGGUCGUGGUGCUGGAGAGCUGUGAUCUCUGAGGACCUACGUGUACCUACCUGCUGAGGCUCAAGCUGCAUGUACUAUUGGGAGGAAGAUUCUGUGGCCCUAGGUAGUGACAGAAUAGCAAAGUCAAAAGAGAAAAAGCAAGUACUGUCACCUGUGCACAAAAUAAAGGAAAAAAUAGUUAUUAAACAGAA